AUGACCAGUAAUAUAGGACACAAUAUGACCAGUAAUAUAGGACACAAUAUGACCAGUAAUAUGGGACACAAUAUGACCAGUAAUAUAGGACACAAUAUGACCAGUAAUAUAGGACACAAUAUGACCAGUAAUAUAGGACACAAUAUGACCAGUAAUAUAGGACACAAUAUGACCAGUAAUAUAGGACACAAUAUGACCAGUAAUAUAGGACACAAUAUGACCAGUAAUAUAGGACACAAUAUAAGCAGUAAUAUAGGACACAAUAUGACCAGUAAUAUAGGACACAAUAUGACCAGUAAUAUAGGACACAAUAUAAGCAGUAAUAUAGGACACAAUGUGACCAGUAAUAUAGGACACAAUAUAAGCAGUAAUAUAGGACACAAUAUGACCAGUAAUAUAGGACACAAUAUGACCAGUAAUAUAGGACACAAUAUAAGUAGUAAUAUAGGACACAAUAUAAGCAGUAAUAUAGGACACAAUAUGACCAGUAAUAUAGGACACAAUAUGACCAGUAAUAUAGGACACAAUAUAAGCAGUAAUAUAGGACACAAUAUGACCAGUAAUAUAGGACACAAUAUAAGCAGUAAUAUAGGACACAAUAUAAGCAGUAAUAUAGGACACAAUAUGACCAGUAAUAUAGGACACAAUAUAAGCAGUAAUAUAGGACACAAUGUGACCAGUAAUAUAGGACACAAUAUAAGCAGUAAUAUAGGACACAAUAUGACCAGUAAUAUGGGACACAAUAUGACCAGUAAUAUAGGACACAAUAUGACCAGUAAUAUAGGACACAAUAUAAGCAGUAAUAUAGGACACAAUGUGACCAGUAAUAUGGGACACAAUGUGACCAGUAAUAUAGGACACAAUAUAAGCAGUAAUAUAGGACACAAUAUAAGCAGUAAUAUAGGACACAAUGUGACCAGUAAUAUGGGACACAAUAUGACCAGUAAUAUAGGACACAAUAUAAGCAGUAAUAUAGGACACAAUAUAAGCAGUAAUAUAGGACACAAUGUGACCAGUAAUAUAGGACACAAUAUAAGCAGUAAUAUAGGACACAAUAUAAGCAGUAAUAUAGGACACAAUAUGACCAGUAAUAUAGGACACAAUAUGACCAGUAAUAUAGGACACAAUAUGACCAGUAAUAUAGGACACAAUAUGACCAGUAAUAUAGGACACAAUAUGACCAGUAAUAUAGGACACAAUAUGACCAGUAAUAUAGGACACAAUAUAAGCAGUAAUAUAGGACACAAUGUGACCAGUAAUAUAGGACACAAUAUAAGCAGUAAUAUAGGACACAAUAUAAGCAGUAAUAUAGGACACAAUAUAAGCAGUAAUAUAGGACACAAUAUGACCAGUAAUAUAGGACACAAUAUGACCAGUAAUAUAGGACACAAUAUGACCAGUAAUAUAGGACACAAUAUAAGCAGUAAUAUAGGACACAAUGUGACCAGUAAUAUAGGACACAAUAUAAGCAGUAAUAUAGGACACAAUAUAAGCAGUAAUAUAGGACACAAUAUGACCAGUAAUAUAGGACACAAUAUAAGCAGUAAUAUAGGACACAAUGUGACCAGUAAUAUAGGACACAAUAUACAAUCUCUCACAGAAAAUGUACUAUCCCCUUGCAUAACAUACCAGUAA